CUUACCCAAGUGACCAUCUCUUAAAUUAUUGCUGUUACGGAGUGUUUCUGAGAGUUCCAUAGCUUCCAGUGAUCCUACCGUCUCUGUUCAAGAGCCAAAAGGAUCCGAGCUAAUACCCCCCAACAGGAGAAGGGUGUAUGCACCUCUCCAGAAUACUCUUAAUCUUUAGUCCACUUCUUCCAUUCAUUCACGACUGUUGAUCACGUUUCUUUCUUGGCUGUGUUUUUUAGAUGCGGAUGUUAAAAGUCGAUGCUCUUUUCACCACCUUUGCGUCUCUCUAGAUUUUGUCCUUUGUGGUGCCUGACUGUCGUUGCUCAACGCUCCUACGUCUCGGAUCGGCGACAUGGCGCAUACCUUUGAUGUUGGCACACGGGCCUGGCAAACCGACCCAACGGAGGGAUGGAUUGCCUCGGAAGUGAUCGAGAAGACGGCGGAUGGGGAUAAGGUGAAGCUGGUGUUCUCUUUGGAGAAUGGAGAAACCAAAACGGUUGAGACGACAGAGGCGGAUCUACAGAUAAAUAAUAAUUCGAAACUUCCACCGCUGAUGAACCCUGCUAUGCUAGAAGCCAGCGAAGACUUAACAAAUUUAUCACAUUUGAAUGAGCCGGCUGUGCUACAGGCAAUCAAGUUACGUUACUAUCAGAAGGAAAUAUAUACUUAUAGUGGUAUCGUUCUUAUCGCGACCAACCCUUUUGCGCGUGUCGACUCCCUUUACGUACCACAGAUGGUUCAAGUCUAUGCUGGAAAGCAACGAGCCUCACAAGCACCGCAUCUCUUCGCUAUUGCCGAAGAGGCCUUUGCGGAUAUGCUGAGAGACUCAAGAAAUCAGACGAUCGUGGUAUCCGGUGAGUCCGGUGCUGGAAAGACUGUGAGUGCAAAAUACAUAAUGCGCUACUUUGCAACACGAGGAAGCCCGGAUAACCCCGGUACAUUCGCCACCGGAAGGGCAGAUUCCAUCAGCAAAACGGAAGAACAAAUUUUGGCGACGAAUCCCGUCAUGGAAGCAUUUGGUAACGCGAAAACGACCCGUAACGACAAUUCAUCACGAUUUGGAAAAUACAUCGAGAUCAUGUUUGAUUCAGAGACAAAUAUUAUUGGUGCAAAGAUUAGAACAUACCUUUUAGAGCGGUCGAGGCUGGUUUUCCAACCGUUGAAGGAGCGAAAUUAUCAUAUCUUUUACCAGCUUGUAGCCGGUGCUACAGAUUCCGAGCGGCAGGAUUUGAAUCUUUUGUCAAUUGAGGAGUUCGAUUACCUAAAUCAAGGAGGCACGCCGAUUAUCGAUGGAGUCGAUGAUAAGGCAGAAUUCGAGGCCACCAAGAAGUCACUCACCACGAUUGGCGUCUCCACGGAGACUCAGACCGAAAUAUUCCGCGUAUUGGCUGCACUGUUGCACCUCGGAAAUGUUAAAAUUACCGCUACGCGGACGGAUUCGUCUCUAUCGUCAUCCGAACCUUCCCUAGUGAACGCCUGCGAGAUGCUGGGAAUCAAUCCCGCUGGCUUCGCCAAGUGGAUCGUGAAGAAGCAAUUGACUACCAGAGGCGAGAAAAUUAUUUCCAAUCUCACCCAGCAGCAAGCUAUUGUCGUGCGAGAUUCAGUUGCCAAGUUCAUAUACUCCAGCUUGUUUGACUGGCUCGUUGACAUUAUCAACCGUAGCUUGGCAACAGAUGAAGUUUUAAAUCGUGUGGCGUCCUUUAUCGGUGUCUUGGAUAUUUAUGGGUUCGAGCACUUUGCGAAGAACUCCUUCGAGCAAUUCUGUAUCAAUUACGCGAACGAGAAACUCCAACAAGAAUUCAAUCAGCAUGUCUUCAAACUCGAACAGGAAGAAUAUGUGCGGGAGCAAAUUGAUUGGACAUUUAUUGACUUCUCUGACAACCAGCCAUGUAUCGACUUGAUCGAAGGGAAACUCGGAAUUUUGUCACUUUUGGACGAAGAAUCAAGGUUGCCAAUGGGAUCCGAUGAACAGUUUGUUACGAAACUGCAUCACAACUUUGCUGCGGACAAGCAGAAGUUCUAUAAGAAACCUCGAUUUGGGAAGUCUUCUUUCACAGUCUGCCACUAUGCCAUCGAUGUCACUUAUGAGUCCGAUGGGUUCAUUGAAAAGAACCGAGAUACCGUCCCUGACGAACAGAUGGAAAUCCUGAAGAACUCUUCGAACCAAUUUUUGAGAGAUGUUCUAGCCGCCGCCUCUGCUGUUCGCGAGAAAGAUUCUGCUUCCGUGUCCUCUCGAGCUGUUGCCGCUCCCGGAAGGAAAAUCGGUGUUGCAGUCAACCGGAAGCCUACCCUUGGAGGUAUAUUUAAGUCAUCAUUGAUUGAGCUGAUGAACACGAUAAACUCGACCGAUGUUCAUUAUAUCAGAUGUAUCAAACCAAAUGAGGGCAAGGAGUCUUGGAAGUUUGAAGGACCUAUGGUUCUUAGCCAACUUCGAGCUUGUGGUGUUCUCGAAACGGUUCGAAUCAGCUGCGCGGGCUAUCCAACCCGCUGGACAUAUGAAGAGUUUGCCCUUCGGUAUUAUAUGCUCUGCCAUUCAUCACAAUGGACGUCGGAAAUUCGAGAUAUGGGUCACGCUAUUCUACAGAAGGCUCUUGGCGAUGCUAGCCACCAAAAAGGAGACAAGUACCAGCUUGGUUUGACAAAGAUUUUCUUCCGCGCGGGUAUGCUUGCAUUCCUGGAAAAUCUACGCACAUCAAGGUUGAACGAAUGUGCCAUAAUGAUCCAGAAGAACUUGAAAUGCAAAUACUACCGCCGCAGGUAUCUUGAAGCGCGCGAAUCAAUUCUUACGACUCAGAGUUUGAUGAGAGGCUUUUUAGCCCGGAAAAGUGCCAAUGAGGCUCGUAAGAUCAAGGCAGCGACGACUAUUCAACGCGUUUGGAGAGGCCAAAAGGAGAGGAAGCGUUACCUUGCAAUUCGACAGAACGUUAUCCUUUUCGAGUCUCUUGCAAAAGGUUACCUGUGCAGAAGAAAUAUCAUGGAUACGAUUCUCGGCAAUGCUGCCAAAGUCAUUCAGCGAGCUUUCCGAACCUGGCGGCAACUUCGGGCCUGGAGACAGUAUCGUAAGAAGGUGGUUAUCGUGCAGAAUCUCUGGAGAGGCAAGACAGCCAGGCGAGAAUAUAGGAAACUGCGUGAAGAGGCCAGAGACCUUAAGCAGAUCUCCUAUAAAUUGGAGAACAAGGUUGUGGAGCUUACACAGGCCCUUGGUUCGCUGAAACAACAGAACAAAGCCUUGGUGUCCCAAGUCGAAAACUAUGAAGGCCAGCUCAAACAUUUGAGAGGGAAAAACAACUCCUUGGAGGCUCGUACUCGUGAACUCCAGGCCGAAGCUAACCAGGCCGGCAUAACCGCGGCACGCCUAGCAGCAAUGGAGGAAGAUAUGACAAAGCUACAGCAGAAUCACACUGAGGCUCUGUCCACGGUCAAGAAACUUCAAGAGGAGGAGCGCAUCGCUCGCGAGGCUCUUCGUGGCACCAACUUGGAACUUGACAAGUUGCGAGAAUCUAACACUGACCAUGAGAAUGAGAAGAUUUCUCUUCGCCAACAGAUCGCGGAUCUUCAAGACGAGCUUGAAUUCGCCAAGAGGGCAAUGCCGGUCAAUGGUGUUAACGGAGACGUCAAUGGAGCGGCCAAUCAGCCCGCGUUUUCUGGUCUUAUUAACUUGGUUUCCUCAAAGAAACCGAAGCCGAAAAGACGCAGCGCAGAAGCUGGGCGUACCGAUACUGACCGCUUCAGCGGUGCGUAUAAUCCUCGUCCAGUGUCCAUGGCGAUCCCCAGCAGUACAGCCCGCUCUCACCUCUCUGGGUCCACUUUCGCUCCAGGUCUUGACUCGAUUGAACUUGAGCUGGAGAAUCUGCUCUCUGAAGAAGAAGAGCUCAACGAAGAAGUCACCAUGGGACUUAUCCGUAACCUUAAAAUUCCUCUGCCGAAUUCCAACACUCCUCCCACCGAUAAGGAAGUCCUUUUCCCGGCAUAUCUCAUUAAUCUUGUCACCUCCGAGAUGUGGAAUAACGGUUUUGUGAAGGAAUCAGAGCGAUUCCUUGCGAACGUUAUGCAAGCAAUCCAGCAGGAAGUUAUGCAGCAUGAUACUGACGAGGCUAUCAAUCAAGGAGCAUUCUGGCUAUCCAACGUGCAUGAGAUGCUUUCGUUUGUGUUCUUGGCCGAAGAUUGGUAUGAAGCACAGAAGACAGACAAUUUUGAAUACGAUCGUCUUCUGGAAAUUGUGAAGCAUGACCUGGAAAGCUUGGAGUUCAACAUCUACCACACUUGGAUGAAGGUUCUGAAGAAAAAGCUCUACAAAAUGAUCGUUCCAGCCAUCAUCGAGUCCCAGUCCCUUCCUGGAUUUGUCACCAACGAGACCAAUCGAUUCCUCGGAAAACUCCUUCCAUCAAACAACAGCCCAGCCUACAGUAUGGAUAAUCUUCUCAGUCUUUUGAACAGUGUGUACAAGGCUAUGAAAGCAUACUAUCUGGAAGACAUGAUCAUCACCCAGACGGUUACCGAACUGCUUCGGCUGGUGGGCGUGACGGCGUUCAAUGACUUGCUUAUGAGGCGCAAUUUCUUGUCAUGGAAGCGUGGGCUCCAAAUUAACUAUAACAUCACAAGAAUAGAAGAAUGGUGCAAGAGUCACGAGAUGCCUGAGGGAACUCUCCAGCUUGAGCAUUUGAUGCAAGCAACAAAACUCCUUCAGCUUAAGAAAGCCACCCUGAAUGAUAUUGAAAUCAUUCAGGAUAUCUGCUGGAUGCUAUCACCAAAUCAGAUACAGAAGCUUCUAAACCAAUACUUAGUUGCAGAUUACGAGCAGCCGAUCAACGGGGAGAUAAUGAAAGCUGUUGCCUCUCGGGUAACCGAAAAGAGUGACGUGCUCCUGCUUACUGCCGUCGAUAUGGAAGAUAGCGGGCCUUACGAGAUUGCUGAACCGCGGGUAAUCACUGCUUUGGAAACAUACACGCCAUCAUGGCUCCAAACCCCGCGACUAAAGCGACUCGCUGAAAUAGUUUCUGCGCAGGCUAUGGCGCAGCAGGAGAAAUUAGAUAGUGCAGAAGUCGGGGAUCCAAUUGAACCGAUCCCUGAAGCAUGAUGACCUUUGAUUCAUUCACUGUUAUUAUUACCAUGACUUCUUUCUGGUUGCCGAUGUUUUCAUACAGCCCCAGCAUCUGCUUGUUCAUUUAUCCUUCUCACUUUCAUCUGCUGUAUGAUCACCAUUGUGAGCUUUUUGCUCUGGAGCUUUUUAGGACCUGGUUUGUCUUGUUGCUAGAACUGGAUAUUCUUUGCUAAUACGAUUUCCACCGAUACCGCCCAUUUACUAGACACCGGGCGUCUAUAUUUGGCUUGUUUAAUCUGGCCGUUUUUUAUGCCUUCAAUAUCUAGAAUUCUUUUCCCGGAAUUGCGGGCCAUAUAUUUGAAUGACACUAGAUUUUCUUUCUUUAUCUCUGCA